AUGGUAAAUUUAAUUAAUAUAAAGUGUAGUAAUAAUUAUCGAAAUUGUUUAAAAAUAUUUUACCCAAAAUAUUUAUCAACUACUGUUAUCAGGAGAAAUGAAACUGAUAAGAAAGUUAGUGAAACAGUAACUGAAAAACCGAAAUACGUAACAGCAAGUACUUUCAAUGAUCUUCGUAUGAAAACAAAAUAUUCCCCGGCAGAGGAUAGUUCAAAAGGUUAUAUACCUACAAAAUUUCAAAAACGAAUGUUGGUUUGGACAGGUAUGUAUAAAAGAAAAGAAGACAUCCCUGAAUUUAUUUCACCUAGUACAAUGAAUAAAUUAUCUGAUCGUUAUAGAAUUUCAUUUGUUGUAGUUGGAUGUAUUGUAUUUUUUGCUAUUGCUCUUCUCGGUGAAAAAUAUGUUGCAGCUAAAAUUGAAAAAGACAAGAAGAGGGGAGUUGUUGUUACAAAAAUGUAA